AUGAACGCUCCGCCCGGGAUGUCGCCGCAGCAGAUGGCGGCAUUUCAGCAACACAUGCAACAACAAGUUGCCGCUGAAGCAGCCAAACGAGGAAUGACACCGGAAGCUUUUGUCAAAAUGCAGCGAGAACAAGUCGCUGCCGAGGCAGCCAAACAUGGGUUGACUCCAGAACAAUAUGUCCAGGGAUUAAGGAUGCGGGCACUACAACAGCGCGCCGCCGCUCAACAAGCCGCACAGGCGCAAGCACAGCAGCAAGGCCAGCCAGGGCAACCAGCACAGCCAGGACAACCACAACAGCAGCCUUCACAGGGAGCACCUGGACAGCCACCACAAGUACCGGUUCAGCAACAGGUUCAGAAGCAGGUCAAUGUCAACCCCAACAACCCCCCAGACCCAAAAGCCGUCGCAUUGGCAAAAUGGUUGCGGACGCAGGAUCUAAAGACACGCACAUGUAUCUUGGAUGGGCAACGAAAGGAUAUGUUUAAAGUGAAACGCGCUAUUCGAGCCAUUGAAUCUCCGGCGUACGCAAAAGCCGCCGCCAAAAGCAAAGGACUCCUACCCCCCGUCACAGACCGCGCAUCCGCAGAAAAUGUCUUCAAGCUCCUUCCUCUAUCACUACUAGCAUUGAGAGUUACCAAACAAGAUCCACACGCAGGCCACAAUCACGGCAAGACCAAGCGAGUAAAGGGACUGUGGACCGUCAAGAUCGAGCAACACCAAGAGACAGAUCCCAUGAUGCAUUACGUCUUUUUAUAUGAAGGUUCUCAAUGGAAACAAAAGGCGAUGGCUGUCGGUGUCGUGCUCGCUAUCUUUGCCGUUGUGUUGUUCCCGCUGUGGCCUAUUGUGUUGCGUCAGGGCGUCUGGUAUCUAAGUGUCGGUAUGAUGGGCUUGUUGGCAGCAUUCUUUGCUAUGGCGAUCUUUCGGCUUAUUCUGUUCUGUGUUACUGUGUUUGUGGUCCCUCCUGGUCUCUGGCUCUUCCCGAACUUGUUCGAGGAUGUUGGGUUCUUUGACAGUUUCAAGCCCCUGUGGGGCUGGCAAGAGAAGAAAAAGAAGAAAGUCAAAUCGGCCAAGAAAGGCAAGUCUGCUGCGGCCGAUGCMCCAGCCGCAUCUGAGAAAGCCGAAGCUACAACGACAACUGUAACUCCUGCUGUUCCUUCCGCUGCUCCCGCGACUGAUGACUCCAAGCGUGUUCUUGCGGCGAGUGUGGAGGAUGCUGAAGAAGAGUAG